AUGGUCUCGGACCCUGCUGUACGGGGGAACCCAUCAGUUCCCUCACUUUCAAUCGAACUCCGAAUCAGCGGCUUCAAUCCAGAUCAAUCAACGGCCAAAGACUUCGGUCAUUCUUCCAAGAUCCUUGUCGUCGGUGCCGGCACAUGGGGUGCUUCGACUGCUCUCCAUCUUGCUAGAAGAGGCUACACCGAUGUGACGGUGUUGGACGCCUAUCCGCAGCCCUCGGCGAUUUCCGCGGGGAACGACGUGAACAAGAUAGUCUCAUUCCAAAAUCCGCCAUCUGAAGAUGACCCAGACUACGUGAACAAAACCUUCUUCGCAGCCCUCGCCAAGGGCUUCAGAGAAGACCCCGUCUUCAGACCCCAUUUCCACGAGACGGGGAAUAUCAUCGCCGCGUUCUCCCCCGGCGGACUGAAAGCCAUCCGAGGACGACACCGGGAAGGCUUCGACGUCGUCGAGCUGAAUACCCCGGAAGACUUCCGGAAGACCAUGCCCCCCGGUAUCCUCACGGGACCCCUGCCGGGAUGGAAGGGCUUCUGGAGAAAAAACGGGGCGGGAUGGGUGCACGCACGGAACGCGCUGGUAUCGGCUAUUACGGAGGCGAAGAGACUCGGCGUGACUUUCGUCGGGGGACAGCUGGAGGGGAAAGUCGUCCGACUACUCUACGACAGUGAGGGCAAGGAUGUGAUCGGUGUGCAAACGGCAGAUGGAAGGCAACAUCUCGCGUCACGGGUGAUUCUGGCUGCCGGUGCCAACGCCGAUCAAUUCCUGGACUUCAAAAAACAGCUUCGUCCGACCGCGUGGACGCUAGCGCAUAUCCGCAUGUCGCCCGAGGAAGCCCAGAAGUACCGUAACCUGCCCGUGCUGUUCAACGCAGACCAGGGCUUCUUCAUAGAGCCGGACGAGGACAAGCACGAGAUGAAGGUCUGCGACGAACACUGCGGUUACUGUAACUGGGUCAUGGACGAGAAUGGGGAACGACGCAGUGUCCCCUUUGCGAGGCACCAGAUUCCUGUUGAAUCAGCGGAGCGUAUCCGCGGUCUUCUGCGGGCUACCAUGCCGCAGCUCGCGGAGAGGCCGUUCUCAUUUGCCCGGAUCUGCUGGUGCGCUGAUACGGUCGACCGGAACUUCCUAAUCGAUUAUCAUCCUGAUCAUCCUUCACUUCUUCUGGCCGUGGGCGCGUCUGGGCGGGGAUUCGCCCAUAUCCCGUCUAUUGGGGGGUUUAUCGUUGAUCGACUCGAGGGUGUGCUGAAUGAGAGGAUCGCGUAUGCAGUUCGCUGGAGGCCAGAGCAGGCGGUUAAUCGGAACUGGGACGAUACGCAGAAUCGCUUCGGGGGAUCCUAUAAAGUUAUGGAUUUCCAGAAGGUUACUGAGUGGACGGAUAUUCCCCAUGAGGAUAACGCGUUGCCGUUUGGGAGUGUUGUUCCUCGUAUAUGA